CCACAGCCCCUCCUCUUCCCCAGCCUUGCAGAGCCCAUGGAGAUGGAAGACGUUGCCCAAGGGGCGGCCCCAGGGCCCCCCCGGCCUGGCCUGGUGCCCAUCAGCAUCAUUGGGGCUGAGGACGAGGAUUUUGAGAACGAGCUGGAGACGAACUCGGAGGAGCAAAACAGCCAGUUCCAAAGCCUGGAGCAGGUGAAGCGGCGCCCGGCCCACCUCAUGGCCCUCCUGCAGCACGUGGCCCUGCAAUUCGAGCCGGGACCCCUGCUCUGCUGCCUGCAUGCGGACAUGCUGGGCUCACUGGGCCCCAAGGAGGUCAAGAAAGCCUUCCUCGACUUCUGCCACAGCUUCCUGGAGAAGACUGCGAUUCUGCGGGUGUCAGUUCCUCUCAGUGUCGCCUUUGAACUUGACCGUACACGGCCUGAGCUCAUCUCCGAGGAUAUCCAGCGGCGGUUUGUGCAGGAGGUGGUGCAGAGCCAGCAAGCAGCCGUGAGCCGUCAGCUGGAGGACUUCCGCUCCAAGCGGCUCAUGGGCAUGACGCCCUGGGAGCAGGAGCUGGCCCAACUAGAGGCCUGGGUUGGGCGGGACCGUGCCAGCUACGAAGCUCGGGAGCGGCACGUGGCUGAGCGGCUGCUGACCCACCUGGAGGAGAUGCAACAUACCAUCUCUACUGAUGAAGAAAAGAGUGCCGCUGUGGUCAAUGCCAUCAGCCUGUACAUGCGCCACCUUGGGGUGCGGACCAAGAGCGGGGACAAGAAGCCAGGGAGGAACUUCUUCCGGAAAAAGGUGAUGGGGAACCGGCGGUCAGAUGAGCCUCCCAAGACCAAGAAAGGACUGAGCAGCAUCCUGGAUGCUGCCCGCUGGAACCGGGGAGAGCCCCAGGCUCCAGAUUUUCGACACCUCAAAGGCGAGAUUGAUGCCGAGAAGCCAGGCACUACAGAUCGGAAGGGAGGCAUGGGGGUGCCCUCUCGGGACCGUAAUGUAGGGGCUCCUGGGCAAGACACCCCCGGAGUCUCUCUGCAUCCUCUGCCUGGCGACAGCCCAGACAAGGAACCAGGUUUUGACGCCCCACUGGAGCUGGGGGACCCACCCCUGCAGGGCCUGACUAGCCUGGAGCCCCCAGCACCCCCAGAGAGCACCGACGAGGGUCCUGAAACAGAGAGCCCUGAGCCUGGAGAUGAGGGGGAGCAGGGGCGGUCGGUACUGGAGCUGGAACCAGAAGAGCCUCCCGGCUGGCGGGAACUAGUCCCCCCAGAAACCCUGCACAGCCUGCCCAAGAACCAGGUGAAGCGGCAGGAGGUCAUCAGUGAGCUUCUGGUGACAGAGGCAGCCCACGUGCGCAUGCUGCGGGUGCUACAUGACCUCUUCUACCAGCCCAUGGCAGAUGGGGGCUUCUUCCCACUGGAGGAGCUGCAGAACAUCUUCCCCAGCCUGGACGAGCUCAUCGAGGUGCAUUCCCUGUUCCUCGAUCGCCUGAUGAAGCGGAGACAGGAAAGUGGCUACCUCAUUGAGGAAAUCGGAGACGUGCUGCUGGCCCGGUUUGAUGGUGCCGAGGGCUCCUGGUUCCAGAAAAUCUCCUCCCGCUUCUGCAGCCGCCAGUCAUUUGCCUUGGAGCAGCUCAAAGCAAAACAGCGCAAGGAACCUCGAUUCUGUGCCUUUGUACAGGAUGCUGAGAGCCGGCCGCGGUGCCGCCGCCUGCAGCUGAAAGACAUGAUCCCCACGGAGAUGCAGCGUCUAACGAAGUACCCCCUGCUCCUGCAGAGCAUCGGGCAGAACACAGAAGAGCCCGCAGAACGAGAGAAAGUGGAGCUAGCAGCCGAGUGCUGCCGGGAAAUUCUGCACCACGUGAACCAAGCAGUGCGGGACAUGGAGGACCUGCUGCGGCUCAAGGAUUAUCAGCGGCGCCUGGACUUGUCUCACCUGCGGCAGAGCAGCGACCCCAUGCUGAGCGAGUUCAAGAACCUGGACAUCACCAAGAAGAAGUUGGUCCAUGAGGGCCCGCUAACGUGGCGGGUGACAAAGGACAAGGCUGUGGAGGUCCAUGUGCUGCUGCUGGACGACCUGCUACUGCUGCUCCAGCGCCAGGAUGAGCGGCUGCUACUCAAGUCACACAGCCGGACGCUGACGCCCACACCCGAUGGCAAGACCAUGCUGCGGCCUGUGCUGCGGCUCACCUCCGCCAUGACCCGCGAGGUGGCCACUGAUCACAAAGCCUUCUACGUCAUUUUUACCUGGGACCAGGAGGCUCAGAUAUACGAGCUGGUGGCGCAGACUGUGUCGGAGCGGAAGAACUGGUGUGCCCUUAUCACCGAGACUGCUGGAUCCCUGAAGGUCCCUGCCCCUGCCUCCCGCCCUAAUAAGCCCAGCCGGCCCAGCCCUAGCAGCACCCGAGAACCCCUGCUCAGCAGCUCUGAGAACGGCAACAGCGGCCGAGAGAUGCCUCCGGCUGAUGCCCGGGCUGAGAGAAUCUUCAGUGACCUCCUACCCUUCUGCAAACCAGGCCCUGAGGGCCAGCUGGCUGCCAAGGCCCUUCAGAAAGUGCUGUCCCUGAAGCAGCUCCUGUUUCCUGCGGAGGAAGACAGUGGGGCGGGGCCUCCCCACCACCAGGAUAGGGUCCCAGGGGGCGGCCCGCUGAGCUCAGCACAGACCCAGGAAAUCCAGGAGAACCUGCUCAGCUUGGAGGAGACCAUAAAGCAGCUGGAGGAGUUGGAGGAGGAAUUUUGCCGCCUGCGAUCCCUCCUUUCUCAGCUUGGGGGGAACCCUGUCCCCCAGCCUGGCUGCACAUGAGGUCCCUACCCAGGCAGGCCUUCGCCAGGAGAGGAACAGAGGUGAGAACAUGAGGGGCCACCCCCCAGCCACACAGCUGCAGCAGCAUCUCAACCCCCAAGGGCCCAGGAGAGGGAGUCCGGAUGCCCGGGCCACACCUAGGAGCCCAGCCAGGGUUCCUGCCUCCCCUGUUGGCCUUGGCCGUCUCUCCCUCCUGCGUUCUGCUUGGGGGACUCAGGGCUUCAUUCCGGGGGGCACCACAGUAACCCCCACUUCCCAGGCUAUCUUAGUAUUGCCUGUGGGGGCCACCCCUCCAUCCCCCAUCCCCAAGUGCCUUUGCUCUGUUUUUAUACCCUGAAUUGGAGGUUUAUUUUUUAAUAUAUAUUAUCUAAGGAAA